AAGUUGGGGUCACCACUACCGGACUGGAACAGUCUCUCUCAGCAGGGCUUUAUCAGGACGGUUCUGUAGUUUCACGGCCUCUGUUGCCUAGCACCACAGUCGUCUGCUUCCUUGUCUUUCCCGCGGCUCCGGUGCUCCGGUCGCCUCGCUCAGGCCGGUGGGCGAUCGGGACUGAGACUGGUGAGGAUUUCACUCGAGCUCAGGGGGCGGCGACGACGACGCCCGCCGGGAGGAGUAUGCUGCGAGGCAAGUCCCGGCUCAACGUGGAGUGGCUGGGCUACUCGCCCGGCCUGCUCCUCCAGAACAAGCCGCUCCUGGCAGGGCGCACGCCGCGAAACCUUCGUGGAAGCGAAAGUUCUUUAGCGUCUACUCUGAAGACUCUCUUGUUCUUCACAGCUUUAAUGAUCACAGUUCCUAUUGGAUUAUAUUUCACAACUAAAUCUUAUAUAUUUGAAGGUAUCCUCGGAAUGUCGAAUAGGGAUAGUUACUUUUAUGCUGCGAUUGUUGCUGUGGUUGCGGUUCAUGUGGUACUGGCUCUCUUUGUGUAUGUAGCCUGGAAUGAAGGCUCACGGCAGUGGCGUGAAGGAAAGCAAGAUUAAAGUGAACAUCACCUUUUGAUGGAAUUGAAUUGAUUUUUUAAUAUGGUAAAUGUUUUUGGGACAUUGGUGAUGAGUAAAUUUUAUUUGAAUAAAGUUGAAAGAACAUGUUAAAAUCAAACUUAAUGAGUCACAUUUGACCACGUGUAAAUUUUGACUCAUUUAAUAUAAUGUUUUGUAUAAGUGGAUUUAACUUCAUGAAUUUCCCAUUUGCAAAGGAGAAAUUGGAAAAGUUAAAUUGUUACAAAUUAAUGUGAGUUUCACAUUAUCCUGGGAAGAGUUUGAUUAUCUGACAACCAAAAAAGUUUUAUAGCUUUCAAUCUUAAAAGUUGCUUUUUCAGUUAUACUGUACAUAUAUUAAGAUGUAUAUAAUGAAGCAAGCCUAAACUUUGACACUGGAGCAUUUUCCUAACUUAUCAUGAAAAUACCAGGUCCUUGGACUUGGAAUUUUAAUUUCCUGUGGAAAAGUGCUUAAAUUUUGGACACUACAAUUAAUCUGAAUGUCACUGAGAAAUUUCACAAAAAGUGUAAUUCCUAGUCAGAACAAAUCUCUCCAGAAAACUAGGAUAAGCCACACCCAUUCAUACAAAAGGACUUUGGUUUAUUGUGGGAUCAAGAGAACAAAGACAAGAGCUGCCUGCCAGUUGUAUGCUUUUUCAGACCAACUAUUUACGUUCUACUUUACGCCCUGGUUCAGCAUCGAAGUUAGGCUUCAUUACAAAGUUUGUGGACAUUUUAUUUAAAAUUGUAAUUCUUACUUUUUCUUAAAUUAUAGUGUAUAUGAAUUUACAUUUCAUAAACUAUUCAUAUUUCCAUACAUUGACAGUGUAAACAAUUCUGAAAACAUUUUUAUCAUUUUGAAGCAUUCUAGGCAUAUCUUGAUCUAAUGGUCUUUUAAAUCAGACCUUAGUUCAUGCAGUAUAUAGACGCAUAGUUAAUCCACAAGUUCCUUUUUAAUGGGAAAAAAUACCUGUGAUUUUACUUUACUUUUGUAGUUUCAGUCUGUAUUCUUUCCAGCCAUUUGGUACUAUGUGUGCACUGAUCCCUUAAAUUUUUUUUCUAUAGAACCAUAUGAUUAUAUGGAAAAUACAUAUUCAAACAGGAAAACAACAAAAAUUUCCCCCUUAAUCUUGUCACAUGGAGAUAAUCGCUACUUUGGUUUAUAUCCUCUGUGCAGUUUUGACAGUUAUUUAUUCUGAUUUUUUUUUUUUUUUGUGGUGCUGGGGAUUGAACUUGGGGCCUUAUGCAUGCAAGGCAAUGUUUACCAACUGAGCUAUAUACCCAGCCCUUGAAAGCUAUUUCUUGAUGCUAAUUCCAUACAACAUCACAAGUUGGGUUUAAGUUCAAAUCCUGCCAUUUGUACCAGACAGCUAUUUGCAUUUUUUCAGAUAAUUGGCCAUUUUCGUAUAAAGCAUAUUUUACUUUUAAAAUUCAAAAUUUCAGUGUUUUUACCAUGUAAAGAAAUGAUAAAUGUAUGAAGGGAUAUAUACAUGUAACCUAAUUUAAACAUUACACAGUGUAUAUCUGUAUCAAAAUAUCACAUGCCCCCCAAAAUAUGUACUAUAUUUAUGUUUUUAUGUAUUAGUUAAGAAAGUAAAAAGAAAUAUAAAUUUCUUAUUACUGAUGAAACUAAUAUGAGGCCCCUUGCUUAGGUGUUUGCCACUAUCAAUUUGUUCAUUGUUAUUAGGUUUUUUUUUUAUGUUGUGGAACUGGACAAAAGGAAAAAAUGGAUGAUUAGGCAUAAAAGUCAAGUAUGCACUUAUGCUUAUAAAGAAAAAUAAAAGAUUAGUGUGGUUAUAGGAUUAUUCUUAAUUCUUGCUUAAAGUUAAAUAUUGUCUACAGUUUAAAUAUCUUUAAGCAGGUAUUCUAAAGGUAAAGUUUUUGGUAAAGAUUACAAUUGUAUAUAAUGGCAUUUGAAUCUAGGGUGUUGUGUGGUAGAGUUCUAAAUGGUUUACUCAUUAGAUGACCUGCUGUAUUUAGAAUUAAUCACCUGAAUUUUUUAUAAUGCCAAGGUUUUUCUUGUACUUUUGGGAUCUUAGACUUUUUGUAAAAUAUAAUGUCCAAUGUUGGAUUUUUUUUUAAUUUUAGACAUUUACUGAGUAGCUAAUGAUAUGGAUAUUUUUCUGUAAGCAUUAAAACCAGGGAUAUGUGCAAACACAUCAUUUUCUCUUGGAAAAAUGCCAAGUGUUAAAAAGUUACAAUCACGUGUUAGGAUUAUUGAUAUUUAGGAUUAUUACCAAAUAGACUUUUCAAAGCAGUUAGUUUUCCUAGGAUUUUAACUGUUAACCCACCAGUUUUCUGCUGAUAACUGUGUUAGUUAACAUGGGUAUUUGAGAAAUAAGUUUAUUUUUCAAGAUAUUUUGCCAGUUUUUGCUUGUAUAAUGUAUAUACUUCAAGAUGUAUAUGAAGUAAAGCUACAGUUGAGCCCUUAUACAUGUUUUAAAUUAGGAAUAUUUUCACUGUUGUUUGAAAACUGCUUGUAACAAGAAACUCAAUUAGGAAGUAUAACUUGAAGCAUCAGUCCAAGCUACUGAUAUAAUCCCAUUUACUGUAAUGAUACUCCUGAUUUACUCUCCAGGAUGUAUUUCCUUUUUUGCUGAAAAAUGAAAACUCUGCCAUAAAAUGUCAUUAGCUUUUCAAAUGAAUACCAUUUUGUGUACAAUAGUAGAAAUUGGUUUUGAGUUAUUAAUGAAGAAUUAUAAACCUACUAUUAAAAACAAAACAAAACCUUAUGUUUCAGCCAGACAAAGUGGCACACAGUGGUAACUCCAGCUGUUUGGAGGUGGAGGCAGGAGGAUCAUAGGUUCAAGGCCAACUUGGGCAAUUUAGCCAGACCCUAUCUCAAAAUAAAAAUUGAAAAAGGGCUAGAGAUAUAGCUCAGUGGUAAAGUCCUCCUAGUUUCAUUCUACAGGACCUGAAACAAACAAAAGCCCUGUGCCUCAUGGGCAUCUUUACAGAAAUAAAUUGUGAUAAUUAGAAUGUUUUCAUUAUAAAAAAUCACAUCAGCUUUACCAAGAAAAAAAAAAACUGAUUAACUUUGUUUCAUGUUUAUUUUCCAUCUUCAUAUAAAUUUUACAUACACACCUACAGUACCCAAGGAAACAAGUAAAAACAGUUAAACAAGUUACAUAUACCCCAAACAGACUAAACCUGAAGGUACAUAAAACAUUUAAAUUUUGUUUUAAACCCAGACAAGUUGAUGUUUAUUAUUCAUUUGUGCCCAUGUGAAGUUGUGGACUGUUGUCAAACCUGUUUGAUAAAUGCUUCAACUAUGGCACACAAUUUGUCUCUUCAAUGGCAGGUUUCUCUGCUGUUAAGCAUUGCAUGUCCUCCACCAGGGCUGUACAACUGUUCAUGCAGAUUCUGCUCCUGUGUUACGAUAGUUUUUACAAAUGUUGUGCUGAAGUAUACAUUAAAAAUUUGACAGGACUUAUUUUUUUGAUCCCUUUUCAGGUGUAAAGAGUAAUCUUAAAAUUAUUUUCAGGGACUUGAGCAACAUAACCAUAAUUGUUACAAGUAAUCUGUAAAUAGUUUGGUCCUUUAUGUAUUCCUUAAAAUAGAACAAAAUUCCUCAACAUCACUCCUGGCCACUUUCCUUGUUUCCUUCUUUCCUUGUUGCUGUGUACUUGAAGGAAAUAUUCCUUUUCACAUAUUCUAUGAGUCAUAUUUCUCAGUUAUACACACUAGUCUUCCUUUUUCCUGUGUUUGGUGAGACUUCACUGAACAGGAAUAAUAGCAGUAGCUAACAACAGCUGCAUAGCACAUACAGUUUGCAAAGAGCACUCACACAUUCUCUUCAGUUUUGCAUAGUGAAUCUGUUACAAGAUGUCUCAAUGUCAAUGCGGAGAGUGAGAAUAUUUGCGGAGAGUGAGAAUAUUUAAGUCUCUAUUGUCAUUGGCUAUGCCAUAGUGUUGACUACUGCUCUGGCUAGGGAGAGGAUGCCAGUGUGCCUGGUUUCAAGCCAUGUGUCAUUAAUGCAGUAGGGGGUGUGAGUUCUUUAGCCAUUUGAAUCAGAUUGAUUUUUGUAAGUGAUGCUUUUCCUACCCUUAUCUAGAUGUGUUUUGUAUUCAUUGUAUUCUAGCCCGUCAUUUGUAUAAAUUUACUAUCUGUUGUCAUUAAAAAAGUGUCUAUAAUG